GUGUCCCGGGUUGGCUGGCUGGCGGGCGGGCGGGCGAGCGGCUCGCUGGCUUUGGCGAAGGCCUGCCGCUCGAAGUGCCGCACACCGUCCGCUGGGCCCGCUGUGAGGAGGGGACGGGAGCGGCGGCGCCAGCUCCGCCAUGGUGAAGAAGCGGAAAGGCCGGGUCCUCAUUGACUCAGAUACCGAAGACAGCGGCAGCGAGGAGAACCUGGACCAGGAACUCCUGUCAUUGGCCAAGCGGAAACGUGGUGAUUCUGAAGAAAAGGAAGCACCUGCUAGCAAGCCUACAGCAUCUUCAGACUCUGAGACUUCAGAUAGUGAUAUUGAGUGGACAGUAGGGGGUACUAAAACCAAAAAGAAAGGAAAAGCUGCAAAAGUAGAGAAGAAGGGAGCCAUGAAGAAACAGAUGAACAAAGCAGCUUCAUCAGGCAGCUCUGAUAAAGAUACCUCUCCAGAGAGUUCAGCACCAGAAGAAGGAGAAGUAUCUGACUCUGAAACUAAUGGCUCUUGCAGUAGCUCAGACUCUGAAACUUCCUCUGAAGAUGAGUUUACUGAUGGCUACGGGGAGGAUUUUAUGGGUGAUGAAGAAGAUAGAGCUCGCCUAGAACAGAUGACAGAAAAAGAAAGAGAACAGGAAUUGUUUAAUCGAAUAGAGAAGAGAGAAGUUUUGAAGAAAAGGUUUGAAAUAAAGAAAAAAUUAAAGACGGCAAAAAAGAAAGAAAAGAAAGAAAAAAAGAAAAGGAAAAAGCAGGAAGAAGAACAGGAAAAGAAAAAGCUCACACAGAUCCAGGAAUCCCAGGUAAUGUCACAUAAUAAAGAGAGACGGUCAAAACGGGAUGAAAAAUUGGAUAAGAAAUCCCAGGCUAUGGAAGAACUAAAAGCAGAAAGGGAGAAAAGAAAGAACAGAACAGCUGAGUUACUUGCAAAGAAGCAACCAUUAAAGACAAGUGAAGUAUACUCAGAUGAUGAAGAAGAGGAAGAAGAUGAUAAAUCUAGUGAGAAAACGGAUCAUUCAUCCAGAUCUUCAUCUUCUGAUGAAGAAGAAGAGAAAGAAGAAAUUCCUCCUAAAUCACAACCAGUGUCUCUACCUGAAGAACUGAAUCGGGUUCGAUUAUCCCGACACAAAUUAGAGCGAUGGUGUCACAUGCCUUUCUUUGCCAAAACAGUCACUGGUUGCUUUGUGCGCAUUGGAAUAGGAAACCACAACAGCAAACCAGUUUACAGAGUGGCAGAAAUAACUGGUGUUGUAGAGACAGCAAAAGUAUAUCAGCUUGGAGCUACCAGGACAAACAAAGGGCUGCAGUUAAGACAUGGUAAUGAUCAACGUGUGUUCCGCUUAGAGUUUGUCUCCAAUCAGGAAUUCACAGAGAAUGAAUUCAUGAAGUGGAAGGAAGCCAUGUUUUCUGCUGGGAUGCAGUUACCCACCCUUGACGAAAUAAACAAGAAAGAAGUGUCCAUCAAAGAAGCCCUCAACUAUAAAUUCAAUGACCAGGACAUUGAGGAGAUAGUAAAGGAGAAGGAGAGAUUCCGAAAAGCACCACCAAACUAUGCCAUGAAGAAAACUCAGCUACUAAAAGAAAAGGCCAUGGCAGAAGACCUGGGAGAUCAAGACAGAGCAAAACAAAUUCAAGACCAGCUUAAUGAGUUAGAAGAAAGAGCAGAAGCCUUAGAUCGUCAGAGAACAAAAAACAUUUCAGCCAUCAGUUAUAUCAACCAGAGAAAUAGAGAAUGGAAUAUUGUGGAAUCUGAAAAAGCUUUAGUGGCUGAAAGCCACAGUAUGAAAAACCAGCAAAUGGAUCCUUUUACUAGACGGCAAUGUAAACCUACAAUAGUCUCAAAUUCUAGGGAUCCUGCUGUACAGGCUGCUAUCAUUGCUCGACUAAAUGCAAAAUAUGGAUCUGGUGUGUUACCUGAGGCUCCAAAGGACAUGACCAAGAGCCAGGGUAAAGACAAAGAUAUGAAUUCAAAAUCAGCCAGUGAUCUCUCAGAGGAUCUUUUCAAAGUGCACGAUUUUGAUGUGAAAAUUGACCUUCAGGUUCCUAGUUCAGAGUCCAAAACACUGGCCAUCACCUCUAAGGCUCCCCCUGCAAAAGAUGGUGCCCCUCGGCGAUCACUGAACCUAGAGGACUACAAGAAAAGGCGGGGGCUGAUCUGAGCAUUCCUAUUCUCUGCUGCUUCUGAUCCUGCAUGCUACAUGAUCUUCUCUACACCCCUUUAUUUUCUUCCCUUCUACUUCAGUUGACCCUUUUGGGUUGGAGCAGCAGCUACAGAGCUAGGAAGAGACUCUUUAAAAUUGCCAGCCAUCUGUAAUAUAAAUCACUGACUUUUUGCUGUAUAGACUUCCCUUAUUGCUCUUUCCUCCUGCGAUACACAGAUAUGGAUCCAUGCUAUUUUUAGGGAGGGGAAGGAAUUUUUUUUCCUUUUGGAAGUACAGCUGUUUGGAAUUGGCUGUCUGUAUUCAGUGUUAACUUGAAAUCUGGAUUUCUGCAGGAAUCUGUUGGUGGCCGAGCAGUGUUAGCACUUUGCUUUUCCACCAUCCCAGGCAAGGAGAAUUUACCCGCGAGUGGCACAAGACCUCUUGUGAAGGUCACCUGCACUUUUCUCUCUUCUUCUUUCCCUUUGCUCCUAGCUUUGGAGAGGGACAUAUUUACAAACAGGUUUCGGGUGAAAGUGUACAUUUUUGUGGGGGUGGGGUGGGCUGUGUGAACUUUUUUCCAGAUGUUUUUUUAUCAUUUUUAACCUGCAGUAAAUUUGUAUUUGUCACAGUUCUUUAAAGAUGUCUGGAAUUUCUACCAGCUACAUUUGAGCAUCUGACACAGCAGGGGCAAUUUAGUAAAUGUGAUUUUUUUAAAAAAAACAACAAACAAACAAA